GAUACUGUAUCAGCGCGGCAUCAGGUGCGUUUGAGGAUGUGAGGGACUUUACUGUGUCCGAAAUCUGCUCGCGGGAGAAACGCGUGAGUAUCCCGCUCAAGUUCUGCUUAAAGCUGCUGAAUUCCGCCAGACCUGUGCAGGUGUGUGCUGGCGGACAACAUCAUGAUCAAACGUUCACGGUGAUUCGACCCAUGAUUCCACACCAGGCCGCCCCAUGCCAGCCCGUAAACAUGACGAGCACUCGCCCCCUUGAGCUCUUCCUCCGUCGCCCGGCGACCGCUUGACUGGAUGCGUAACCCCUCCUCCGGUGAUGUCAUGCACAGGUUUGAGGUUCUUGGGAUUGUUGGGGAAGGUGCUUACGGUGUCGUCCUGAAGUGCAGACACAAGGAGACAAAUGAAAUCGUGGCCAUUAAGAAGUUCAAGGACAGUGAGGAAAAUGAGGAGGUGAAGGAAACAACCAUGCGGGAGCUGAAAAUGCUCCGUAUGCUCAAGCAGGAGAACAUCGUAGAGCUGAAGGAGGCGUUUCGGAGGCGGGGGAAACUCUACCUCGUUUUUGAGUAUGUUGAGAAGAACAUGUUGGAGCUGCUGGAGGACAUGCCCAAUGGUGCCCCAUCUGACAAGGUUCGGAACUACAUCUAUCAGCUGAUCAAAGCCAUUCACUGGUGCCAUAAGAAUGAUAUUGUCCACCGAGAUAUCAAGCCAGAAAAUCUCCUCAUUAGUUCUGAAGACGUGCUCAAACUCUGUGACUUUGGAUUUGCUCGGGAUCUCUCUGAGAGCACUGAUGCAAACUACACUGAGUAUGUUGCGACCAGAUGGUACCGUUCACCAGAACUGCUGCUGGGGGCUCCGUACAGCAAGGCGGUGGACAUGUGGUCAGUCGGGUGUAUUCUGGGCGAGUUGAGUGACGGUCAGCCUUUAUUUCCGGGUGAAAGCGAGAUCGACCAACUCUUCACCAUCCAGAAGGUUUUAGGACCCCUGCCACCCGAACAGAUUAAACUCUUCUACAAUAACCCGCGAUUUCACGGGCUAAGGUUUCCCUCAGUAAGUCAUCCCCAGACUCUGGAGAGAAGAUAUCUUGGAAUCAUCAGCCCUGUCUUGCUUGACCUCAUGAAGAACCUGUUGUUGUUAAAUCCAAAUGAACGCUUCCUGACGGAGCAGAGUCUGAAUCACCACGCCUUCCAGACCCAGCGCCUGACAGAGCGAUCUGGCCCUCUCACACCUACACCCGUCCGCUCCUCCAAGAGAAAACCUCUUAUUGACAACAGCACCCCCAGCAGGGGCCAUGGGGUAAAGAUUACAGGUCAUCAUCGCUCCAAUAGUCGUGACUGUUCCAGUCUGCCUCGCCACGGUCACGAAGACCUGCAUCCACCCAGCACUGAGGCAUUUUUUAAUGGGUCAGUACUGAACGGCAACAGCCUGAGUCCAGUUAUGCAUCCCAAAUCCUUUCAACCACUUAACCGCUCUGCAUCAUGCGGUAAAGACCUGGCAAGUCUGCAACAUGCCAAGGAGGCCAAAUCUAAAUUUACCGACUUUGACUUUGGCAAGCCAACAGACGGCCCCGGGGCAAAAUACCUGAAAUCAAACACACCUCGUUCCCAAAACCGCCACUCCUUUGUGGAGGGCAAGACUAGUACGUUGAUAGGCGACAAAGAGAAACACAGUCGUCAUGGUUAUGGCGACUCUGCAACAUCGUCUUCAGGUGGAAAGGGGUCAUCAUCAUAUCUGAGUUUGUCAAAGAGUCAUGGUGUGCUUAGUGACGCGAAAUCCGUGAGCAACCUCAGCGACAUGCGCCUGCACCCAGACGAACCUGGUGGAUCUCCGCGAUACUUCCCCGGAAGUUGCCUGGACCUCAACAUAAACUUGCAGACGCCAGGCAGUCCAUCCCUACAACAUAGCGACCGAUCGGGACUCAGUCCCGCCUUGGGACGUCGAGGCAAAAUGGAGCGUGAAGGAAGUAUGGUGGAGUCAUCCGUCCGCCGUUCCUCGUCACGACAAAAGAGCCAACAACAAAAUGACAGUAAUGCGGCUGAUGCGCUUGACCCUGGUCUCUCUCUCUCAUCGCCCCAUGAGUUCCCCUAUGGCGUGGGCUAUACCAGCCCAUUCUCCUCCCAGCAGCGGACACACAGACAUUCUAUGUAUGUGAAGCGGGAACGAGGGAGACCCCACGGGGUUGAGGGGGGUGGUUUAACGGUGGCACAGGGGAUGCCCACCAGGGCCAGCAGUCUGCAGCUCCUGACUCCUCAGUUGCAGCAUCGUACCCUGCCGAAACACUCCGGCAGCUCUGCUUCACGUGACGCAGGAUUAGACAACAUCAGGAGCGACCCCACGGCUGCUGAAGUCAGCCACACACGACCUUUAAUCCAGGAGUCCACACGGGACAACACUGCCGCCUUUCACACGCCACGGCAAAAAGGCGAGGGAGGUGUGUAUAAUGAACAGCUUGCAGAGGACAGUGGAUCAGCCAAAGAGAACCGCAUGAUGUACAGUGAAUCUGUUCCACGCCGGGUCGGGAGCUUCUACAGAGUGCCGUCACCCAGACCUGAUAACUCCUUCCUCGAGAGUUCAGGGGUCAUGGUGGACAGUGGCCAUAACAUACACCAACAGCCCUAUGACCCCUGGGCGGGAUCUGAGCCGCUGGAUAUGAGUCCGCCAGAACAAUCCAAAGAAAAGGAGAAACAUGGAUUCUUCAGAUCCAUGAAGAAAAAGAAAAAAAAGACACAAACUACAGCCGCUGUUGACGAGCGAGUUCCCGUCAUGAGGAAACCUCUCUUUCCUCUUUGUCUCUCUCAGAGGAGCUUCACACGCAGCUCCUCUGAGAGAAGACGCCCUCUAGUGGCCACACCAAUGGUGGCGAGCGAGGGGACGGAUCAGGCGUCGAUGCAGAAAUCACUGCGGUCGUACGGUCAUCAGGGCAGCAGACAUCGCACGCGGAGCAGAGACCGAGAACGCAGCCGCGACAGAGAGCGAGAUCGCGACCAAGAUCAGGACAGAGAGCGUGACGUGGACUGGCCCACCGAGAGGACACCCGAUACACACUCACAGCCUCUCAAAUCUUUGCGAAAACUUCUUCAUCUCACCUCGUCCUCCAACCAGACCGCCACUGACCUCCACUACCCACUGCCCAACCAGUCCUCCUCAAAAAGCAGCAGCUUCGUGGAGCCUCGCAGCCAUGGCAGCUCAAAAGGCCGCCAGGCUGCGUAUCCGGGCCCCGGGCCCAUGGAGUCCACCUGGCACUCCACCGCUCUGGGUCGGCCUGAGGGAAACCCGUAUCCCGAACAGCUGACCUCCAAACCGGGUCCCAAUGGUUUCAGUCGUCACUUCCGCUCGCGUUUGCCAAACCUGAACGACCUGAAAGAGACUGCACUGUAAAUCGGACACACAGCGCCCCCUAAUGGGCCAUCUCUUCUUGUAUUUUAAAGGAAUAGCUCACCCAAAAAUGGACAUCUUGUCAUUGUUUUGGCCACAUGAUCACCCUCAUGUUGUUUCAGACCUGUAUGAUUUCUUCAGUGUAACACAAAAGAUGCUAGGACGAAUGUUAGCCUCAGUCACCGUUCACUUUCACUGGAUCUGUUUUUUUGCGGUUUUGAAUAGAAAGAGAUUAAAGAGUUCAAAUAAUGACCGAUUUUUCAUUUUUGGGUGAAGUAUCCCUUUAAGGGUAGAUCUACAUGUCUCUCACAAAAAUCAUAUUUUUGUUGUUUUAAAGUUUUAAUAUUUGAUAGCACUUCUUAUAUUACUUAUGUACUUAAUUGUAUCUCUUUUGUUAUUGGAAAACUACGGUCUUAAGAAGAUUAUAUAUCAAUAUGUACAUGGAAAUAUAUAAAUGUAUAGCACUGUAUGUGCAGGCUUUAGUUUAUACUCUGGUUGUAUUCACAUUUGGCUAAGCAGGUCAAAGGAUUAAUGUAUAGACGAUUUAUUUUAUAACUAUAGAAUAAGACUACAGUAUCUUAUGACAUUGUCUUUGAGUAAUUUCUGUUUCCAAUUCAGUGGAAAUCGGUAGAUAUUUAGAGUAAUUAACGGUAAGAAUGCGUUUGUUUGUGUGAUUAUAAGUACAUGUGCUACCCAGGUAGCGCACAUGUUGCGCAUCAUCUGGAAAGCGAUGCUUUGUAUUUUAAACGUCAUAUUUUUGAGAUUUUUGUUUUUAUUGGAUGAAACGCAGAAAAUGUCUCUUACCUGCUGGUGCCAUGAAAAAUCCCACCUGUCGCUGUGACACUCUGUAAGCCACUGGGAGAAAUGGAAGUAGGCCUCGGCCAGUAGUUAUGCUGUUUUGAACCGAUUUUUUGAUGACUAGAUUCGCUAAACUUUGGUAGAUUACCCACCUGUAAAGUAUGUGGAAUAAUUAUACUAUAUAAUUAUUAGGGCUGUACAUUUAACACGUUAUUUCAGAACGAUUAAAUAUAUAAAAAGAACUUGUUAAAGAAUUAACACAAUUAAUCAUGUCCCCGAAAUAUAAUAUGAAAUAUUCCUACUAACAAGUUUGAAGUACCACCUCUUUUCAGCAGGGGGCAGUAAGCAAAACUUCAGCUGUACAGACAACAAACCACAGGCUAGCUUGACACUAGCGGGAGUUUGCUAACAGCACAAGAUUAGCAUGCGUUCUUGCGUUCAAACACCGCUGGAUAAGUGCAAUUCUGAAUGUAGGGAUCUCAAGCAAGUUUCAAAUUAUGUUUAACUUGAUACAGUGACCUAAAAACGCUGAUUGUGACGCAUGACAACCAGAGCGAGACGCUCCAAAAGCAUCUGUAUGGCUUUCAUUGAUGCGUCCUUAGAAAAGACCUUAUAAUAAAUCUAUAUCGGACAGAAUUGACGAAUUAAAUUGCCGAAUGGAUGGCUGUGGAUUUUCGGCUAAUGUUUCUAAAGUAUAGAAAUAAACAAUAUAUUGACUUUUAAAGCCACUUUUUGUAUCAUGUAAACAACAUUUGUCGCUAUCGGAUUUUCAUGGUUAUGAUGAGUGCUCGUUGCGGCCGUUAUAAGAAGCGUUAAGUGACAGCGGGCGGGACGGGCUGUACUCGCUCCGCUGUUCCGCAGCUCAGAUUUCUUUUUCAGCUAGAAAGCAACGCAAAAUGCAAACAGAUGUGUCCCCGCUCAUGAUAUACAUCCACUGACGUACAGAUGCAAUCUUCGUUUAUUAAAAUAGAUGUGUGGAUGGAUCAGAAGCUGGAACUCAUUGUACUAAAGGCGAAAACUUUGCCAUGAGACAAUCAGUCAUAUUGGAGUAAAUUCCCACUGAUCCAUGUAUUUAUCUUAGUGUACUGAUGGUGUUAGAUGUGUGGAUCAAGAUAUCAGAUUAAUUCGUUAUCAAACACCGAAACUGUCCCCACCACUUUUUAAAACAAAGUGACGCCCAUGAGUGUGACUAUUCGGGUUUGCUGACAUCAAAUUGCACAUUGACUUUAUUUUUCUUACCAGUGACAUAGAGAAGCAUUCCUCCAUCUCUGAUGGUGUGCAUGUCUUUGUAGGGUGGGAUUUUGGAAAACAGGAGCGUGUCCAAUCCAAUUCCAGAAAGGCUGCCAUGGCUUACAUCGUCCACUUUACAUAGACGUCCCAAAUGCGCUAUCUGGGUUUUGUGUGGGUCUUGAGUGGGUUUGUCAAUCAUCUAUAGAAAUCACAGCCAGUGAAAUUUCUCAAGCCUUUUACAUGAAAAUUUAAGCAAAAAAUAUUACCCAUUCCAAAACUGACCAAAUUGUAUGAAAUGUUGUGGCUCCACCUGCUGGACAUCAAUAUACUCACUGCAAAAAAAACAUUAAGCAUUAAGACUUCAAAAUGCAUUUUUUAUUUUUGAAGCAAGAUUCAUUUUUACCAAAUAUACUUUUCUGAUUCCCUCAGGUUUGAAGUUCUUUGAACACAGCAAAUACACUUUUACAUGCAAUAUCUGGAUUUAAGAGAGGCUAUGUACGUGUUAAAUGCUUUUAGCGAAAUGGAGCCAGUGUAUGAGGAAGAGAAAUAAUAAUUAAUUAACUUUAUGCAAUAUGUCAUUUAACUUUCGCCAGAUAGUCCUUCUAAACAAACAACAGCCAGUACACGAGAUGUCAAACUCAAUGAUUUCCUGGAAACACGGAACGAAGCUGUAGGAAAUGUCAAUUAUGUAUGAACAAUUUGCAUUACACUGCUAUGAGACUUUUAACUUAGACAUAGGAAAUUAUCAUCUAGAAUAUUGAAAAUAUAGACCAUAAACCUGCUCAAAUAGGCGAAUUAGCCGCUAAUCCAUUCUGCCAUGUUGUCUAUGUUUACUGUAAAUCGGUUAUGCUAAUGCUUAGAGCCCCGGGCAAUAAUAGUGGAAAUGUUCCUUAUCUUUUUGUAAUCAAGACUUUCUUUGUGCCUAUACAGACUAUAAAUAACUUUCAAAAAUGAAUUUACCCUAAAAAAAAAAUAUAUAUAUAUAGGCUACCAGCCCCGGUCUCCCCUAUUCUUCAAAAUGAGAAGAUUUGAUGUUACCAGAUGCUAAAUUGUUAUUUAAGGAACCAUAAGAUGUUUUAAGCCUUGAAUAAAGUUGAACACAAUCAAAA